UAAACACUGGACCUGUGGGUUUUAUUUCCCGAUAUAACCUCAGUUUUUACAUGAUUUUCCUGAUAUCAUGAAUCAUGAUUUAUACAAUCUAUUAUAAUAUGAUGUAUAAGAAACAAUUUUACAAAGUAAAAAUAAUUUCACCUGAAACUGCGUCGAGCACACAAACCAUUUUGAGGUUUUGGUUUGGUAAGAAGUUUCUUAAGUACUCAAGCCCGUGCUACGUAGCAACAGACUAGAGCAGGCACCGAUUACACUUCUUUAAACGUGUGCUGUAGAGAGUAUCUCAAGGCGAUAUUAAAUAGUAAAAGUAAUCUAGAGAACAAAGAACGAAAGGAAUAUAAUAGAAAGACCGCUUAGAAAAAAAAAAUUAACACUUAAAAGAAAAAUGUGGCAACAGUGCAUUAGAAAUUUCUACUCAGAUCUUGUCACCACUAAAUUUAAAAGUCAGUAAUGACAUAUAUGCCAAUGUCAAAUGUCACUUAUUUGACAGAUGUCUUGAACUGAAAAUCGUAAACAAAAAAAAAUAACAAAAAUAAAUUUUAAUAAUAAAACGAAUGGAGAAAACCGGGAAUUUCUGUUGCAUAUGUAUCCAGGAAACUGAGGACCUAAACUCGAUAACAGUAUUGGAUGAUUGUGGAAUUAGUUUUAGAGAGAAAUUAACCAUAUGCGACUCCAACCAAGACUGGAAUGACCAAAGAUUACUUCUGUGCCAGGCUUGUAUUAAAAAAUUAAACGAAGUUUAUGAUUUUAUUAUUUUAUGUCAUAAAAGCUAUGCCGCUAGGGCAGAAAAGCUUAAAAAGCUCAAGGAAGAACAAACAUAUGAUAUUGAGGAAUUUACAUGCUAUAUUUGUAAAAAGUCCUUUAAAAAAAAGAGAUUUUUAAAGUCCCACAUCACUAGAAUCCAUGUGAGCUCAAAAGCAAAAGAUGAAAUUGAUGAUUCUGGCUCCAAUGAGAAAGAAAACAAUGAAAGCUUGAACCAUAUUCCUGAGCCAAAAGAUGAAUUAAAAAAAGAAAGUCCAACUGAACUAGAAACUGGUGAAGAUGACUAUUUUUCAGAUGAUAAUGCUGAACAGUAUUCAAGUGAAGAAGAUGAAAAACCUUUAAGAAAACGGCGUUCUCGUAAAAAACAAGAAAAGCCUGAAUCAUUCACUUGUGAAUACUGUGGGAGGCAAUUUAACAGGCACCAGCACUGGGCUGCACACAUACGAUCAAAGCACACAUUUGAAAAGCCUUAUAAAUGUAAACUUUGUGAAGCAAGCUUUGCAACUUCACAUAGCUUAUUGGUCCACAAAAGAAACCACAACAAUGAAAAGCCUUAUAUUUGCAGCACUUGUGGCAAAGGUUUUGUUUGCUCAGGAGACCUUUUUCACCACAACAAAAUCCAUUUAAACAAAAAAGAAUACGAAUGUAACAUUUGUAACAAAAGAUUUAAUACCACAAGUAUUUUACGAACCCAUAAAAUUGUUAAGCAUACACAGCCUCAAGAUUGGAAAUAUAUGUGUAUGUUGUGUGAGAGGAAGUUCCCAAUAAGCAGCAGUUUGACCCUCCACAUGAAAAGACAUACAGGCAAUAGAGACCAUUCCUGCCACAUUUGUGGCAAAACAUUUUUUAAUAAAUCAGAAGUGAAUAAGCACAUGUUAUGUCAUUCCAAUCAGAAAAAGUUCAAAUGUAACCUUUGUGUGGAUAAAGAGUACAAAAACAAAGAAGGUUUAAACAAACAUUUGAAGCUGGUACAUGAUUUAGGGACAUGGAAGGUGCCAAAGCUCGAGAAGAAGUUUGAAUGCUCUUUAUGUCCCAAGAAGUUUAUUUUUAAUAAUAAGUUGCAAAGACACAUGUUGACCCAUACAGGAGAAAAGCCUUUUAAGUGUGAUUUUUGUGAUAAGAAGUUUAGUGAUAUUUAUUACAGGAAGAGUCACAUGAAGAAGGAACAUGGAUCUCAGUAUGAAGAGAAUGACAUUAAGUAUGAAAAUGUUAUUGCAUCAAAUAAUGGAUUUUGAAUAAAAGAAAAUUUUUGAUAUAACUUCAUUAGAUUGCUCUGAAUUUUACAGUUGUGUUUUGAUAAUUUUCGUAUGUAGAAUUUUAGGUAUUUUAGGAUUUUGCAUGUAUAAGAGAAAGUGUAAGUGUCAGCUUUAAAUUUUAUUUAUUAUAUAUUAUAUUUUUUAAAUUAUA